GGUGGUGUAGACGUUCACUAAGUUAAACGUGGAUUCGUAAUGCACACUUUUUUUCAAUAGAAUUUGUUAUAUAUUGUUUAUUCUGAAAUCUGAGUAUUAAUUUAAAAUGGAACAGUGUUUAAAUAUCGAAACGCUGAAAAUAGCAAAAGAAGAACUCAGGGAAGAUGAAGAAACACGGAAUAAUGCUUUAAGUCAAAUGCGCAUAUGGUUGAAGCAAAAUAAAAAAAUUAUUCAUUCUCGUAGUGAUGACAGCUUUUUGCUAAGAUUUCUUCGAGCCAAAAAAUUUAGUUUGCCGUUAGCUCAAGAAGCUUUGGAACGAUAUUUAUUAUUGCGACAAACAUUUGGUCGUCAACUCUUUAACGAACUUGAUAUCACGUGUCCACGAUUAGAAAAACUUCUGGAACUCGGGUAUAUAUUUGUAGUUCCGAAGCGUGACAAAAAUGGACGUAGGAUUAUCAUAACAAGACCAGGAGUUUUCAAUCCAUCAAUGUGGACUAAUGCAGAAAUGUGUAGAAUGCAUGGUGUUACAUAUGAAACAUUGAUGGAAGACCAAGAAAACCAAAUUCGUGGGUUUGUACACUACACAGAUGCAGCUGGUAUGUGCUUACAACAACUUACAUUAUUUACACCAAGAGAAGCUGUCAGAAUUGUUAAAAACGGAGAGCGAACACUUCCAAUGCGACACAAAGAAAUAUAUGGAGUAAAUGUACCACUUAGUUUAAAAUUUGCAUUAGAUUUUGGAAUGACCUUGAUAUCUGAAAAAAUUAGAAGUCGUGUAAAAAUAUUUAGUUCAAUAGAGGAGAGCCAUACAUAUGUUGAUAAGUCAUUAUUGCCUAAAGAAUAUGGUGGAGAAAUGGAAAUGUCAACAAUGAUAGAUUUAUGGAAACAAGAAUUGUUAGAAAAACGAGAACAAAUACUCAAAAAUGAAAAAAUGUCAGUAAGAGAGGAUAUGUUUAGUGAGGGUGCACGACAAGGACGAGUAUCAGCGUUGACAAACCACAAUCACCAUCACAUGGUUGGCAGUUUUCGUCAACUAACUGUAGAUUAGUUUUCAUAAUUUUGAACAUCAUUAUAUAAUUUGAACUUAUAUUUUAUGCAAAAUUUUAACAUUAAAAUGUUACAUCUUAAUGCAAAAUCUCUGAAAACAAAAAAAUGUUUAUGGAUUAUUCAAUGUAACAAAAAUACAUUAAAUUUUUGAUUUCUACAGAUAUGAAAGAAAAAUUUUUAAUCAUUAAUUAAUUGUAUAUUUAACGUAAGGGAAUUGAAUUAGAUCAUAAAUUCAAUAUUGUCAUAUUCAACAAAAUAAAUAAUAGUAAAUACCAACUUUAACAAUUAUUAUGAAUU